AUGAAUAAUUUAUGUUAUAUUUAUGGUAUAGCAAUUGGAUUCAUAGGAAUAAUAGCUAGUAUUAUACAUUUGUUUAUUUGUAUUAUAUGGAUAGCAUAUUUAUUUGGUUGGCAAUUAAAUCAACAAAAAAAUUCUUAUAAAAAUUAUAAUUUACAAUUAAAUUGGCCAAAAUGUUCAUUAAGAUUUUCAAUUAAAAUUUAUAUACUCCUUAUGAUUAUUAGUAGUUUAUUAAUUUAUUUAAUAGAUGGAAUUCGUCUUAUUUAUCUUUGUUUCACAUGGAUUGAUUUACGUAUUAUUUAUAAUGAAUGGUAUUGUAAAUGUCAUAUAUUAUUAAAAAAUUUUUCAAUGGAUUUAUAUAAUUGGAUAUUUGCAUUAAUUUGUUUAGAAAGACUUACAUUAAUCAUAUUUACAAAUCCUAAAUAUUUAUCAAUUAUUAAUUCUAAAAAAAUAUUUUUCAUUCAAUUAUUAAUUGUAUUCUUAUUUACUUUAUUCACUUGUAGUGUAUUUUUAAUAUCAAUUAAAUCAAUCUGUGAUCAAUAUUUUUAUAAUCGAGAUCUUAUUUAUAGUAGAUUUUUAUUAAGUUCAUUUCUACCUGCAAUUAUAUCGAUUAUAUCAUCAUGUUACAUUAUAAGAAUAUGUUAUAAACAAGAAAUAAAAUUAAAUACAACUCGUAAAUUGAUUAAUUUACCUGGUGAACGAUUAAUUGGUUUAUCGAUUAAAUCAGUUAAUAAAAUUAUUGCUGCUAAAACAACUUUAUUAUCAGCUUGUAUAUUGCCUAUAUUUCAUAUAAUUUUAUUUAUAUUUAUGUUAAAUAAUAAAAAUUAUUGUUGUUAUUUUACAUUUAAUAAACAAUUGAACAUUGAAGAUUAUUUCUAUGUAUCAUUUGAUUUAAUAUUUUGUAUAUUAUAUACAUUAAAAUUACAUUUAUUUAUUGUAUCAUCACCAAGUAUUAAUCGGAAUAUAUGUAUUAUUAUAACACUUAUAAAAAUUAGAAUACGUAUAUGCUGUUGUUGUGGCUGUUGUUCUUCUUCUUGUUCUUGUUGUUCUUCUUCUUGGAUUCAACCAAUGAAAUAA